AUGCCUGCAGUGUUUCCGCAUGGGAUAACGACGGCACAUGGUCAGAGCGGAGCACCGAGCCUUGCCGACAGCUGCUUGGAGCCUGCAGAUGUCGUGCCAUGUGGCACAGUCCACCAUGCUGAUGAGCUGGAGAAGCAGGCAACUUCUUCGGGGAGCAAUUGCGACUUCGUACUCUCCUCCUGCGACGAAGACCGGUGGGCUUUCAAAUAUUCUGUGGCACGUCAGAGGGGAGAAGAGAUCGUAAUCCUCCGGAAGUUGCUCGCCGGACUUUCCUGCCCACAGGUGAAAGCUGCACGUCCUGAAGAUGCUGACGUCUUUGUUGUGCCGUACUUGGCCGGGCUGGACUGCUUCCUUGGUGGACACAAGUUUCGCUGUCCUACGAGGGAAAACAAGCAAGCCGCAGAGUUGUUUUCGCUUUUGGUGCAUUAUUCACCUGCCACUCGGCAUCGCCACCUGUUCCUUGCAACGGCCGAUAUUCACAGUCUUCCUUUGCAGCUGCAGGCACAACCUCUUCUUAUUUCACAUGGAGCGACGUGGGGUCGUCCAUCGGGCCAUCUGGUGUCCCCCAGUGCCGUGACAAAUGUCGUUGCACAAUCUGAUCUGCCUAGCCGUACCUCGAAUUCCCCUAUUUUGUUCUGGCUGGCUGCUUCUCCAACAAAUGUUUACAGACGGGCACUUGUUUCUUUCUUAGAGCAGUUCGAUGCGUCACUCUUUGAUCCUCAUCUGCAAUCCAGCCGCCGGAUGUCACAUGUUCCCACUACAAGCCUUCGUCGUCUGCCGUGA